AUGCAGACUUUGAUGAAUGGAACACACACUGGACAACAAAACUAUACCGACCAUCGGACCAUUUUGUCCCCUAUAAGGUUUGAUUUCACGGCGCCCAACUUCAUGUCCCAAGCCUCACCACCCAAGAUCACCUUCUAUGGCAUGAAUACAAUGUCCACUACCACUGCCACUCAAUCAUUCGUUAUAUGUUGGGCAACUGGCGAAGCAAUUCCUGUUGAUCACACUGGCAUUUCAUCAAUUCUGAAAGCUGGCGAGGUUCUUUUGACAAUGCAGUUUGAAAGAAGCUUGGCCUCCGAUCCGCAACACUUCAACGAAUCAUGUGGAGUUCAUUGCUCCGAAUAUGAAAUUGAGAAAAAUCUCACAAAUCUUUGUUGUAGCAAAGGUUGUGGUAAUAUCGAUGCCUGCGUAGGUACUUUUUCCCUCGGUAUUGGAUACCAACCAUCACCAUUACUCAAUAUCACCAGUGGCACCAUCGACUUGGAUGGUACAUCGGGCGUAUACUCCUAUCACACACGCGACUCGUUUUCAUGGUAUAACUACCUUCAGGCUUAUGGAGAACUUCCCAAAGGUGCUACAAAUGCAACCACUCUUAUGCUUUCAAACCAACCUAAUGGAUAUACUCAGUUCAGAGUUGACUGGGUUUUGGCCCUUACCCACAUGCCUUUGGGACCAUCUUGGAAGCUCAACGUCACCACCUUUAACGUCAAUACAAGUCCUCGCGAUUUCACAUCAACCACGGACUCGACAGACACAUAUGACCUCGUGCCAUUACUCAAUGGUCCUGACAGUCAUCUAUACUCGUUCCCCAACUAUAACUAUCCCAUCAAUGGUGGUUAUGGCUAUGUGCUCAACGACUUCAACUUCAAUGCUCCAAAUCCUCCUGCAAAUUUCCUUGGAAUGGACUCA